AUGGAGCAGACUCCGGUCUACGAAAGGCCCGGCUUCAAUCCCCAUAAACAGAAUGUCACUUUCUUCAACCCCGAUGGGUCCACUGUCACCGUCGGGCUUCACGAGCUGGAUGCCAUGUUCACGAACAGCAUCAGGGUUGCUGUCGUUUUCGCCAGUCAGAUAGGAGCCUGCGCCCUGCUCUUCGUAGUCAUGGCAAUGGUCACGAAAUCUGAGAAACGCCGUGCAAUCUUCUACAUCAACCUCUCCUCCCUCGUCUUGGUUAUCAUUCGCUCCGUUCUCCAAAUCCUCUACUUUGUUGGCCCCUGGGCCGAGACGUACAACUAUGUUGCCUACUACUACGAGGAUAUCCCCCAUUCCGACAGACUCAUCUCCAUCUGGGCCGGCAUUAUUCAGUUGAUAUUGAACGCAUGUAUCCUACUCUCACUGAUUUUGCAAGUCCGAGUCGUCUAUGCAGUCUCGCCAAAACUCAAUACCGUCAUGACCGUGGUUUCCUGCGCCCUUGCGGGGACCUCCAUUGGAUUCUUCCUUACCGUCAUCAUACAAAUUUCGAGAGCGAUCCUCAAGGGGGUGGCAUAUGAUGGAUGGGUGUACAAGGUUCAUCGUGGAGUAUUCGCUGGAACAAUCGCCUUCUUCUCGUUUAUCUUCAUCUUCAAAUUGGCUCUCUCUAUUCGACGUCGGAAGGCUUUGGGACUGAGGGGGUUCGGCCCUCUGCGGAUUAUCUUCAUUAUGGGCUGUCAGACCAUGAUCGUCCCGGGUAAGACAAGAUGUAUGUCAAAAAAAGUUUGUGCCAAUACUAAUGGUAAAUAGCGAUAUUUGCAGCGCUAGAAAACGGAGUUGGAUUCGAGGGGAUGUCUUCACUUACUGCCACUCUUGCUGCCAUCUCGCUUCCACUUUCCUCGAUGUGGGCUGCUGCACGUACCGAUACCCCGGCCCCUGAAUCGGUGCCCAGAGAUGGAUAUCGUCAGUUCGGCUCCGGGGGGUCCUCUCUCGGCCGCCCGAACCCUCCUUCGGGCGGAAGAUCGGUGGAUAUGAGUACGAUUGACUCGGCGAGACACGAUCCACUGGUUCUUCAUGUGGACAGGACCUUUAGUGUUGAAAGUAGCCCUAUCUCUCAAAGUCAAGCUGGGCUAUGUAGGGAGCGGGGAUUUGAGUUUGCCUAGGAGGAUAGAUUGGCCGGAAAAGUCACGAUACCGGGUGUUUUUGGCAGCGGAUGCCGAUCGGGUGAUAGCACUUGGGUAGUUGGCCGGUCCAUGUUAUUUGUUUCAUUCUUUCUGUUUCACAUCCUUCUCUACGCAUUGCGCUUUUUGUCCGUGAAGGCGUGAUAUGCAGUUUGCAUCUUCUAAAUAUUAAUGACAGCUAUAAUGAUAUAAUUAGCCCUCUUG